AUGUCUAUUAUUUUUAGUUAUAUACUCUUCGUUGUAGUAUUUACAAGUAUAAGUCUAGGUUUGUUUUUUGGUUUACAAGCAAUUAAAUUAAUUUAA